ACACGGGUAAAAAGAUGAAGUUGCCAUAAAUUAAUUAGCUAAAUCAUAAAAUUAAAUCCACGAUUUCAACACUGAAUUUGAAAGGCAUGGAAGAUGUUUAGGUACUCUACUUCCCAAGUUCAUAUCCGAAUUUGGGUUAUGGGAGUUUAGGUCAGUAGCCCUUUAACAUUUCAAUGUGUUUUUCAAUGAGCUCGUGGGCUUGCACCGGAGCUUCUGUUUGAUCAAGCAGAAGUCACAGGGGACCAUAUUUUGGGCUUUCCGUUUUUUCCUUUUCUCCUCAACCAAUCCUCUUCAGCAUUGAAAUGGUUCAGACCCAGCUCAUGUGAUCAUCUAGCUCUAUGCUAACAACAGCAGAAUCUGCUCUCAGGCAUUCGUCGCUGGAAAAAUGGUCCGCAAACGUCUGCAAGAAGCCAAAACAGGCAUUGAGUAUCUGAAAUCAGUGGAUUUCGACAUGUACCUGAGGAAAGUAGGAUUAGGAAAAGAAGAUCGCUACUUCUGGAAGCAAGUAGGCAAGUCGCUCCUCUGCACGUACGCUAUCAUCGGCGUUGUGUGGGUUUACAACGAAACAUCACCACUCGGUUGGUGGACACUAAAACCGAGACCAAAGGAGGAGAGAGACCUUGCCCAUUUGUAUGAGAGGCGAGUUCCCUAUCCAGGCGAUGCAGUAGCAAUGGAAGAGUUUGUUGCAAGGGGAGGAAUGAUUGGCACGCCAAUUGGGCCGAAAGGGACUGUGGAGAAUGAUAAAGAUUCUUAUAAUUAUCAGAAACAGUUGCAGCAUAAGAAGUUUGAUCAAGAAGCACAGAAACUGUGGUUUAGGAUGAGGAAUGAGGUUGUUCAGGAGGAGCUUCAAGAGAAUGGGUAUGGUGUUGAGUGAAUGAGGCGUUUGAUUUUUAUGUCAUUUCAAUGCUUUAACGUGUUUGAUGAUUGUGAAUGGAGAACAUGACAAUCUGUGUUAUAGCAUGCUUGUUGCUAUGAUGAUUAAGGUUUGAAAGGUAGCUGCAUGCUGGUAUGUGUAAUGCAAUUCAUUAUACAACAUGCAUUGAAAAUGGAUGAUGAUUAAAGGUGGUGUUUAUUUCUGCUAGUCUGUCAAAUUAUAAAUUUACCUCUUACUUAUUCUUAA